AUGCCCCGUCUCCUGCGCACAGCGCUCCUCGCGAUCACCCAAGGAUGGCCGGGCGUGGCGGGCGCGAAGGAGAAGAAGUUCAAGGCGCAGGGCCUGUUCGAUAUGGGCGACCUCGGCCUCGACCAGCUGGACGGCAUGAUCAUUGCGAUUGGAGACUCCAACGCCGACCAGUUUCGCGAUCUCUUCACGCUCAGCAGCGACCAACGCUCGGUCAGCUUGCAUCUGUGGGACCACCACCUCUAUCGAUUCGUCUCGGUCCCGAACAACCCGGUGAUUCCGCGGACGGUCGCCGGCUUCGUGAUCACCAACAUCAUCGCCACCGACAUCAAUUACGACGGGAGACUCGACAUCCUGGCCAUGGGGUCCAGCGACCCGACCGACCAGGAAGGCACGCUGAAGAUGGAGGUGUGGUACGGGCUGGACGGGACGACGUUCGCGGACGGGGUGCCGAUUCCGUCGUCGCUUGCGGCCCACCCGCUGGUGUUUGACUCGCAAGGCACGAUGGCCAUGGAUCUGCUGGGGCUGCCCUCGAGCCUGCCGUCGGUGUUCAAGGUCUGGAAGAACAUGGCCUCCGGCCCCCGCGUCUCGAACUCCUCUACGCCCUUCCUCAUUGCCGAUCCCCCGUUCACCUCGCCCAUCAACUGCAAGCUCCCUCACCCGCACAGCAGCUCGUUUAUCGACUUGGACGGUGACUGUCUCGCUGAUAUUUUCUUGGUUUGUGAGGACGGAGGGGGCGAACAGAGCUACCAGAUCUGGCUGAACAACAAAGCUGCUGGGUUCGCGUUAGCCCGGACGGGCCGGCUGCCCUACGGCACGAAGCAAGUGACGUUUGCAGACAUGGAUCGGGACGGGACGAUCGACAUGGUCCUCGCCGUCUGUCCCACGCCGAACACGUGCACGGUCAAUGUGGCCUACAACCAACAGAUCCCGCUGUGCACGACCGGGCAGCCGGGGCGCCAGUGUCGGGAUCCGCAGAGCCUGUGCACGCCGGACGCCGACUUCCGGUUCUCGUUCGACAGCGCCGACGGCGGCUUUACGACGCUGGAUGUGGGCCAGAUGUUCCCGGGCUUCCGGCUGGUGACCGCGCUGACGAGCGCCGACUUUCAGGGCCCGAGCCCGGUGGGUAUCCAGACGGGCGACUACAACCUGGACGGGUACCCGGACCUGCUGCUGAUCGUGGCGCCGAUGGGCGCCUCGUCAGGGGAGACGCGGGGGGUGCCGUGGCUUCUGGAGAGCGCCGGCUGCGGCUCGGCCUGCUCGGAGGCCGAGACCCGGGCCCACCGUCGGACGUUCGCCCCGCUCUCGAGUGGAGCGGGUGCGCUGAGCGCGAUCGACGACGCGAAGAGCGCGUUCUUUGUGGACAUCAACGAGGACGGAAGCCUCGACAUCGUCGUCCAACGCGCGCCCCCCUCGCCCUCCCGCUCCCGCCCCGCCGCACGCACGCUCUCGGUGUUCAAAAACAACUUCUUCAACGACGCCUUCUUCCUCAAGGCUAUCAUGCUCAACGGCGCCUGCGGGUCCAGAUGCCCCGGCAGGGACGGCCGGCCCGACUACAGGCCUUAUGGGGUGAAUUACGCGGGGGCUUCGUACAAGUUUACGAUCCAGGAUACGUAUGGAGAGCGGCGUGCGACGGCGGUGGGACAGGUGCCGUUCAACAGCUACGCCUCGGCGACGACGCCGUACAGUUUUUUCGGGCUCGGGCGGACGAACAACUACGUGGAGAAGAUGUAUGUGGGGAGCACGCGGCACCAGACGGGGCAUUGGCUGGCCAUCGAGGGGCUGCUGCCCAACUCGCAGCUGGUCGUGAUCCCCUUCCAGCCCGGCGCCGGCAGGGGCUUCGAUGCGCUCUGA